AUGGCUCAGCUUGCAUUUCGCAACCACAUCCCGCCCGAUCAGUGGCCCCACUUUCGUUCGUUGAAAACGACCAAAGUGCUCCAUGACGCUGUAGUGAAGCGCUACUCCUCCCCCACUUCUACCACCCAAGGACGUCUUGUGAUGCCUUUUCUCUUCCCUGAGAUGUCUGACUUCACCACCAUAGCCGACCUCAUGACUCACCUGUGCUCCCUUGAAAUGCGCUACUGUGCUGCUCUCAAGCCAAAGUUUCUGGCUGAGUACCAGCCCCCCAUGUACCUCACCCUCUACUUCCUUACGGCUCGCCUCCGUGUCUCUCUUUACGCCGCUGAGACCAUUGUCUAUGCUAUAGCUUCCUCCGGUGGCACUCCCCGCCCCUCCUUCUUUGAGGGCUGCUCCACCUCCCUUCUCGCGCUUGCUGUUGCCUCUGCUGCUGCUACUGCUGCUGACUUCCUUGAAGCUGAGGAGGUCGAUGUUGCGUCCUCCCCUGGCGGGAGAUGA